AUGGCAUUCAAAGCAAGAAAAGACAACCUAACCAUCGCUUAUGCCAAAAUGAAAGAUUUCACAAAUCCAGUGAACAUGGUGUACUCGUAUGAAGUAGCACAGACACCGCAGAACAAGAGGUUGAAAGGUCUGCUCAUGGACGUGCGCAUGCACCUGAGAGCCACAGUGAAUGCAUUGCGUCGUAUGCUUAGGAGGAAUUCAUAUCCAGUACCAUGCACACCCACAUCGGAUCCUGAGUCAUACCUGGACAAGAUAUCUCGGAAGUACAUGACAAAAUUUGAGACAGGAACGAUUACUGACGACACGGUGAAGAGGUUUCGGAACUACGUUAUCCUCUACACCUUUAAAGAUAUUAUCCGAGAAGUUGUGGAUCAGUGCAUGUGGCGAGAUCGUGCAACCAGAAACCAAACCGUCCUUCCAUUAUAG